AUGGAUGAAAAAGUCAAAACUUUAGAAACAACAAUAAAUCAAAUUAAGGUGACGUCAGUUCCAGAGCCCGAAACAUACGAAAAUUUGAUCUCAGAAAUGAAUGAACGAAAAGCAAGAAGUAGAAAUCUAAUAUUAACCUCUGUACCAGAACAGUUUUCUUCAGAUAAUAAUGAAAGAAUGAAACUAGAAAAAGUUGAAGUGAACAAAAUACUUAUGUUAAUAGAUAAAGAAUGUCCUGAACCUAAAAAAAAUAUUCGUCUUGGUAAAUACAAUCAAAACAAAACAAGAGCAAUUAAAUUGAUAUUUGAAAAUAAGAGCACGCCUAUAGCUUUGCUCCGUAAGAGAGAUGCUUUAAAGAAUCACAAAAGUCGAAUCUACUCAGACCAAACUCCUAAGCAAAGAGAAUACUUAAAUUCGUUAAAACAAAAGCUCGAAUGUCGAAUAAGAAAUGGUGAAAAUUUAUCUAUAAAGUAUGUUAAAGGAACGCCAACAAUUAUAGAAACUAUUCCAAAAAACUAUCCACAA